AUGGGCUACAACAGUAUAAAUAGCCACACGGGUUACACACGGAUACACUUCUGUCUUUAACGUGAAGCCUGUAGCCCACACUCUCACCAUGAACAAAAUCGUAUUCGCCGUUCUCGCCCUCGCCGUUCUUGCCAUGAACGCCCAAGCCAGCUUCUAUGGAGGUCUUGGUGGUCUUGGUGGACUUGGUGGACUUGGAUACGGAGGUCUUGGAUUCGGUGGACUCGGUGGAUUCGGCGGUGGAUUCGGUGGUAUUGGUGGAUUCGGUGGAAUCGGCGGAUUCGGCGGUAUUGGUGGAUUCGGCGGUAUUGGUGGAUUCGGCGGUAUUGGUGGAUUCGGCGGUGGAUUCGGAGGACUCGGUGGAUUGGGCGGUCUUGGAUACGGUGGUCUCUACGGGGGAAUAAUCGGAAAAGGACUUUACUAUUAACUUGUGGAGUCAAGCAAAGUCCGUGUUAAAACGUUAUAGACAACUUCGUAACUCGUCCAUAUGUUGAACUAUAAAUAAAUUAUUUUUAUUAAA